CUCCAGUGAAGCUUUUAAUAGCAGACAUUGAGUCUCAAGAUGUUUCUGGCCAGAGCGCCCCGUUACUCUCCGCAGCUCCGUGCCAGCUACCUUGAGAUUUCCAACUACCUCCGCCGCAGCCGACGACCGGCGUUGAACCGGACCUUCUAUGCACAGAGCUCGCCGCUCAGAGCUCCCCAAAGUGGGCAAUCCACUCACGAGCAAUCCCCAGUUGAAAAGAAUGCAUCAACUGCAUCGAGUGUGCUGGCAAACUUCAAAAAGUCGAUCGAAUUCCCAUCCCCAACAUAUGACUUCGAGACAUUCCUCACCAAAGCCGAACCAGGCCAGCAAGUCGUUUUACAAGGCUAUGUCGGGAACCGCAGAGAGCUCUCCAGCAAGCUCGCAUUUGUGCGUCUGACCGAUCCAACCAUGAAAUACAGCGUCCAACUCGUCUCGACCAAGAAAAGCGGAUCCUUUGCCGCGCUCAAAGCAGUGCGUGCGCACAGCCCCGUGGUGAUCAAGGGCACGGUCCAGAGGAAGCAAGCCAAAGAUGCAGAGAUGGCCGAAAAAGACCCAUGGGAGAUUGUCCUAGACGAGGUCCAAGCGCUGAACGAGUUCCCAAAAGACAUUGUCAUGACCGGGGAUCACGUCCACCCACCCAAGCACCGCCAUCUGCAGCUGCGAUCAAGCAGCGAGCUGCGCGAUGCACUACGCUUCCGGGCUGAGGCCCGCAACGUGUGCAGACAGGCGCUGGAGCAGUCUCGGCCUGCCUUCGUGGAGAUCGAGACGCCGCUGCUCUUCAAAUCUACCCCGGAGGGCGCACGCGAGUUCCUGGUGCCCUCCCGCAAGCGCGGUUUAGCCUACGCCCUACCGCAAAGUCCGCAGCAGUACAAGCAGAUCCUCAUGGCCAGUGGGAUCCCGAGAUACUACCAAUUUGCACGGUGCUUCCGCGACGAGGAUCUCCGCGCUGACCGACAGCCUGAAUUCACCCAGCUCGAUCUCGAGAUGUCCUUCGCUUCAGGAACUGAUGUGAUGGAGGUCGUCGAAGGCGUUAUCCGUCGUCUUUGGUCUACGCUGAUGCCGGAGCCCGCGCCCUCAGGCCCCUUCCGCCGCAUGCCCUACCAGACAGCGAUGAGCCGGUACGGAUCCGACAAGCCCGACACGCGGUACGGCAUGGAGAUCUCGCGCAUCGACUACCUCCUCCCCGUGGAUCUGGUCCGGAAGAUCACCCCGCUCGACAACCCCGUGGUCGAAGUGUUCAAGCUCGAGGGCAACGACAACGACCCGGCGGCCACCCAGGAAUUCAUCACCAACUUCCUCGACUCCCCCGAAGGCGCGCCCUUCAACGAGAACUCCGACGGCGGACCCGGGAUCUUCGUGGUCGACGCCCGGAAGCCGCUAAGCGGCCUGCAGCCCUUCGGCUUCGAGGCGGCCGAACACCUCGAGAACAGCCUGGGGAUCGAACACGGCGACCUGGUGGUCAUCCAAGCGCGGCCGCAGAACUCGCUCACGGGCGGCUCGACCGCGCUGGGCAACCUCCGCCGGGCACUGCACGCGGCCGCGGUCGCGGGCGGCUUCAAACCCGCCGUGCCCGGCUUCGAGUUCAUGUGGGUGGUGGACUUCCCGCUCUUCACGCCAGCAGCCGAAGACUCGGCCGAGGAGCCCGGGCAGGGGGGCGCGGCGGGCUUCUCCGCGACGCACCACCCGUUCACCGCCCCGAAGACGGCGGCGGACGUCGACCUCCUGACCAGCGCCGACCCGACGCAGGCCACCGCCGACCACUACGACCUGGUCGUCAACGGGGUCGAGCUCGGCGGCGGCAGUCGCCGUAUCCACGACGCCGCCGUCCAGGAGUUCGUCUUCCGCGAGGUCCUGCGCAUGCCCGACCACCGCAUCGCCGACUUCGCCCACCUGCUCGACGCCCUGCGCGCCGGCUGCCCCCCGCACGCCGGCUUCGCUCUGGGCUUCGACCGCCUCGUCGCCGUCAUGCUGGGCCGCGAGUCGGUGCGCGAUGUCAUCGCCUUCCCCAAGAUGGGCAAGACCGGGGAGGAUCCCAUGGUCAAGGCGCCCAGCCCGAUCAGCGAGGAGGCGGCCAAGAUCUAUCAUCUAGCGGUCAAGGAGUCCGCCUGAUGAAGCUUCUGUCUUUCGUGUCUGGUAAAUCAGAUUACCAGUUUCGACGAGAGACACGUCAUUGUCCCGCCAUGUAUGACUAGCGUUGUAUGAUAGAUAUCCUGU